UAACCGUUUAUCAAUUGUAACCUCCACUUUCUUUAAUGUCGUUUCUAUUCCUAUUCCUGUUCCUGUUCCUGUUCCUAUUCCUUUCUCAUCCCAAUCUCAACUUUUAAUUUCAGUCUUACUCUUUGACAUUUUGAGUAUCUCAUCACCCUCAUUCUCAUUUCUCACUCUCAUUUUGAUUUUGAUUUUUUGGUGCAGUUCUUGCACGUUACUCUUUCCAACAGUCGCAUUCGCCUUUUGAUGAAGGCGAUGAUAUUCAUUCUUUAAACUCGCAUCUAGAAGUUGAAUCUCAAUAUCAAAUUGAUUUAAUUGAGAUUUAAUUAUUACCACCCUUCUUUUGCGAAAUACUCAAGCACAACCCAAACCCAACUUUCAUUUAAACAGAAACCAAUCAUACCAUUACCAUUCAAUACCGAAAAGAGAGAAAGAAAACAAUGCAGUUCAAAUCCCUGCUUCUCAUAGCAGGAGCAACUAUCCUCUCUCCAUUCCUUGUUGAAGCUCAAACUUGGACCACUUGUAAUCCUCUCAACCAAACAUGUCCCAAUGAUCCAGCUUUGGGUACAAAUCAUACUUUUUAUUUCAAUACAUCAUCUACCGUCACCGAUUACUACAAUAUCACCGCUGGAUCUCUUACAUAUGGCAAUGAUGGAGCUGAAUUUACCAUUGCCAAACAAGGUCAAUCGCCUACCAUUCAAUCUAAAUUCUUCAUCUUUUUCGGUCAAGUAUCCGUGGUUAUGAAGGCUGCAACUGGUGUUGGAAUCGUAUCAAGUAUUGUGUUGGAAAGUGACGAUUUGGAUGAAGUGGAUUGGGAAUUCAUUGGAGGUAACAAUACUCAUGCCGAGACGAAUUAUUUUGGAAAGGGAAAUACUACCGCUUAUGAUCGAGCGAUUUGGUACCCAACUCCCUCAGAUCCCACAGCAAACUUUCAUAACUACACUGUCGAUUGGACGGCGGAAAGAAUUCAAUGGUGGAUUGAUGAUAGUCUUGUUCGAACACUCGCAUAUGCGGAUGCGCUUGGUGGCAAGAACUUCCCACAAACUCCAAUGACAGUUCGAUUGGGAAUUUGGUCCGGUGGUGAUCCAAAGGGUAAUAGUGAAGGAACGAUUGAAUGGGCUGGUGGAGUGACUGAUUUCAGCAAGGCUCCAUUUACUAUGUAUGUGAAAAGUGCAGCUAUUCAGGAUUAUAGCACUGGUUCGGAAUAUCAAUGGACGGAUAAGACUGGAGAUUGGAAAUCCAUUAAAGUAAUCACGUAAGUUCAUCAAUACUUUUCAUGAUGUUAAGAAAAGAACGCUAACAAAACAUCUAAAGUGGUAAUUCCACCGUCGCAAAGGCUAUCACCGAAAACGCUACCCCAAAACUGACCCUGAGCGAAAAAUGGAAUAAGCUCUCGAAAGGCGUCAAACUUACCGUCUACUGUUUAUGUGGUGCUGUAGCCGCCGCUCUUAUCUUCUUAUUCCUCUUUACGUUCUUCCGUCAACGUCGUAACGGACGUUUAGAACGUGAAGCCUACAACCAAUUAAUUGAAAAGCAACAACAAGAUAACCAAAUAGAAAUGAACAACAAAGGACUUGGCGGCUCUGACAGUAAUUCAGAGGCGUCCGGAGGCUUGGGAGAUAAUUACGGAACAGGGUAUGUAGGACCUAGUGGUAGCGCGAGCGCAAGCGCUUUGGCGACAGGAAGUCCAGUGAUACAGGCUGGUCAACAUGGUCCUAGAAGUCCGACGAUGGUCGAGCAUAGUGGUGAGAUGAGUCCUCAAACUGCGGAGUUUCCUCAACAGCCCAGAUUUGGAAGUACGACGAAUGGGGGUUCGUAUGUGAAGAUGUGAAUUUGAGGAGAGGUGAAAGGAAGGAAGAAAGAAUAAAGUAGGAUAUCUCAGCCCGAGUCAUGGUCAAUAUUGAUGGACAGAUGAAGAUGUAGAUGAAGAUGCAAGGUGGAGUAAUAAGGUGUAGGGAGUUUUUAUGUACUGUAUAUGAAUUUCUUUACACUACCUACCUAGGUAUUUACACAUUACAUUACAUUACAUUGACCAGAUACUGUUAUUCAGCACAGUAAUCUAUCUAUCUCUGGACAAGGGAAAUUCGAAUAGGCGAAGGCGAAUGCGAAUAUGGGAUUGGUUAGGUUAGGUUAGUUUAUAAAGG